AUGGCUCCAGAAAGCCGGUCCGUUCUCGCCAAUGCUGGCUUAUUCGUAUCACUUCUAGCUCUCACCAGCCUUGUACCAGUGCAGGCCGCCGUCACCUCAUCUACUCCAGAUUACGCAAAGCGUGCAGAGCGUAUUCUCAAAGGCACUCCACUGAUAGAUGGGCACAAUGACUUACCCUUUGCUAUCCGGAGAUCUACCAAUGAUCAGAUCUAUAAUGGAAAGGUCCCCUUUGAGACCGCACUGAAAGGCCAUACUGAUCUCCCUCGAAUGAGAAAGGGGCAAAUGGGCGGACAGUUCUGGAGUGUGUUCAUUCCGUGUCCGUCGGACCCUAACGCUCCAAUUAAUUUCCCAACGUAUGCAACCAGGGAUACACUGGAGCAGAUCGACUUGGCAAGGCGACUUGUGGAUAAGUACUCCAAGGAUCUCAUGUUCUGCGAUAAUCCUGGAUGCGCAAAGAGGGCCUUCAGACAAGGUAAAAUCGGCAGUUUCAUUGGUAUCGAGGGAGGACAUCAAGUCGGCAAUUCCAUUGCGGCCCUACGCCAGGCCUUCUAUGCCGGAGCUCGCUACAUGACCAUUACCCAUAACUGUGACAAUGCAUGGGCAACGGCGGCGUCCACCGUCAGGGCAGGCAAACCUGACUUGGGCAUGACAGAAUUUGGAAGUCAGCUGGUCAAAGAAAUGAACCGUCUCGGCAUGCUCGUCGACCUAUCGCAUGUUUCUCACCAGACCAUGAGAGACGUCCUCAAGAUCGCCCAGGCACCAGUCAUAUUCUCACAUUCAUCUUCCUAUGAAGUUUCCAAGCAUCUGCGCAACGUCCCCGACGAUGUUCUCAAGACCGUCGCCAAGAACAAUGGAGUGGUCAUGGUUACUUUUGUGCGCACCUUCGUCAAUGUCACUGACCCAGAUUCGGUAAACAUUGACACUAUCGUCAAGCACAUCUUCCACAUCGCCGAGGUUGCUGGAUGGGACCACGUCGGCCUCGGUGGUGACUAUGACGGCACCUCCGAGCUUCCAAAGGGCCUUGAAGAUGUUUCGAAAUAUCCAGAUCUUAUCGCCAAAGUCCUCGAAAACGGUGCUACCGAUGCACAGGUACGCAAGCUCGUAGGAGAGAACGUCCUACGUGUCUGGACCGAGGUGGAACAGAUCAGCAAGAAGAUUCAAAGGUCCGGCGCACUCCCAGUCGAGGAGAUCUGGGAGGGCAGGAAUGGAACACUCGCAAAGCGAUCCGCAUCCACGUUUAUUCCUAUGGAGGGCCCAGCUCCAUACGAGUUCGGGUGCGAUUAG